AUGAUUUUUCAAGAUCUCAUCAAAAACUAUGGGAAGACUUCUACUUCAUCGAGAUGUGCUAUCAAGAUUGAUCUAAGUAAGGCCUAUGGCACAGUAGAUUGGGAGUUUCUUGAGGAUCUGUUAAAAGCUCUAAUAUUUCCUAUGAAAUUCAUAGAUGAUUUGCUUUUAUUCUGUAAGGGUUCUCUUUCAGCUGUUAGAAGUGUCAAGGAGGUUCUUGAUGAAUUUGCUUCUGCUACAGGGCUUUCCAUCAACUUUGGUAAAUCUCAUAUCUUUUUUGGUGGAGUCACUAGCUAUGAUAGAACUCGGAUUGCCCAUGAAAUAAAUCUGACAGAAGGUACGUUUCCUCUUAAGUACCUUGGGGUUCCCAUGAGGCCUACCAAAUGGAGACAUGAAGAUUGUGAGGUCAUUAUUCAGAAAUUUCGUUUAAAGAUUCAGAACUGGGCGAGUAGACAUCUCUCCUUUGCUGGCCGCAUUCAACUUAUCAAUUUUGUUCUGCUUGGGCUUCAAAACUAUUGGAUGACCAUUUUUGUUUUACCUCAAAGCAUAGUUAAGGAAAUUGAAAAGCUCUGUAGGGGUUUUCUGUGGGGCAUAUCUGGGCAGAGAAGCAAGAUACACAUCCCCUCUUGGCAGAAGGUUUGCCUCCCCAAAGCCUAUGGUGGACUGGGAUUCAGAGAUGGAGCAAGUUGGAACCGAGCUGUUUUAGCAAAGUAUGUUUGGGCUAUAUCUGCUAAACCAGAUUUGUUAUGGGUUAAAUGGAUCAAUUCCAUUUAUCUGAAAAGAGUUAAUUUAUGGAAUUAUGAACUGAAAGAAGACUGUAGCUGGUAUUGGAGGAAGCUUUGUCGUCUCAAGGAUCGUUUUAAACCUGCUGCUAUUCUCUCUGCUGGUGCGCAGGGGAAGUUUCAGUCUUCUAGAUUGUAUAACAGCCUUUUAGUCCAGCAAAGGGUGGUAAACUCUCAGCUUUUAACUAGGGACAAUCUCAGUAGGAUGCAUGUUCAUGUGACUACAAUGAUCUGUCCGGUUUGUGAGAGAAAUCGUGACAGUUAUUCUCAUCUUUUUUUUUACUGCAUUCUCUCUCAACUGUUGGUUAAAAGUAUCUUUGAUUGGUUGGGGUCUGUUGCUUGGCCUUCUGAUUUUAAUAGCUGGAUGGUGUGGCUGGCUAGAGCUCGAAGUGGAGUAUCAACUGCUAUUGUGAAUAUGGUUUUUGCUGCUAUCAUUUACAGCAUCUGGAGAAAUAGGAAUAGGUGUUUUCAUGAUGGUUAUUCCCUAACUGUUAUGAAUCUAGUUCAGGAAGAAAAAUACACAACUAAAUUUAGGCUUUACAUUGUGUCCAAUAGUCAGAUAUCUGUUAAAGACCAAAUGUAUAUACGACAACUUCAAUGUAAUUAG